AUGGCCUCGCUGGACUUGCCCCAGGUCUAUCAAAGGCCUGGCUACGACACACUUGUCGCUGCGCUGCAGGGCCUUGCCCUCGAGCCGCCGGCGUGGAACCGCAACCGCCGCCGGCAGGGGGGCUGGUCGGCCCACGAACAGGAGUCGCUUGCUGCUCUGCGCAAGCCCGACGUGACGCGGUACAUUUCCACCAUCAUCUCCUCGCCGCUCGGCUGGAUCCGCGACGAGGAGCAGAGGGAGACGCUGUGGGAUCUGGCGGCGCGGCGCAUGGCCGAGCGUUGCGGCCGCGCGGCCAUGGGCGACAUGGUCCGCAGGUGGCCGUUUGACGCGACGCCGGCGGCCGACGGCGUGGGCGCGUACGAGCCUUUCGAGCUGGUGAUUCGGGAGCCGGCCUUGACGGGGGACUCUCUGGGCUUCAAGACCUGGGGGGCGUCGUAUCUUCUUGCUCACCACCUGCCCGCCCUGGGCGCCACGACGCUUUCCAGGCUGUUUGACGAGUCGUUGCGCCACGACGCCCCCGCCGUCCUGGAGUUGGGGGCCGGCACGGGGCUGUUGGGCCUGGCCGCCGCCGUGUUGUGGAGGGCGCGCGUCUGCUUGAGCGAUUUGCCCGGCAUCACGGGGAACCUCGAGAGCAACGUUGAUGCAAAUAGGGCCGUGGCGGAGGCCAGGGGCGGAACCGUCGACGUCGGCGUGCUGACCUGGGGUGGUGGUGAGGAUGAGGUUGAUCAAGCCUUGUUUGGGCUUGGGCAUCAGUUUGACAUUGUGCUGGCUGCAGACCCAAUGUACGACCAUGACCAUCCGGCCCUGCUGGCAUCUGCCAUUGGGCGACAUUUGGCCUUGGGCACGGAGUCGCGGGCCGUGGUCAUGGUGCCGCAGCGUGACGGCGCGACCAUCAGGCUUCUCGAGGCGUUCAAGCGGGCCAUGCUUGCACUUGAUGGCCCCCUGUUCUGUGUCGAGGAGGACGAGUUGGCGGGCCAGGAUGAUUGGGCUGGCGAUGAUGACGAGGGCUGUGUUCGGUGUUGGCUGGGAGUCUUUUCACGCGUCAGCUCGCCGGCGCCUGUUUGA